CAACACAUGUUUUCGCACAGUGAAUUUUUCGCUGAAUUAUAUAAAACAGUAACUUAUUUAGCAGGAUAAACUUAUUUAGUAAAAAAUCUGUAUCAAUUAUGUUGAACAAAUUUCUAUGUUUAGGGAAUAAUCAUAUAGUGAAAGGAUAUAAAGUAUCGCAGUAUCAGACCUUUGUAAGGAGUCUAGCCUCUUUUACAGCUCGGAAUAUUUUACAAGAAACUUCAGAUGAAGCCGGGACAUUGCUUACACGUUUUGCGAAACAUAUCGCAUUUGAAUUGCAGAAGGAUACAUCAGUUGUACCUACGGUGAUCAGGUAUGCUGACUAUUUUCCUAUCACGGAUACCCGCUACCUACAAAGGGAAUUGAAUAAAAUAUCUCCUCAUCAGUUGCCGGCUUUAAUAGUGUUUGCAUUUUCAUACCGGGCCUCCGCUGAUCCCAACAAAUUUGCGAGUGUACUGAAUGAGCUAGAUGCUACUGCGAUAAAACUUUUUUCAAAAAUGGAUGUCGAUACUAUUUUAAGAACAUUGUAUGCUUUUCUCUAUUUAAUGCCUAAUUGGAUUACGCGAAUGGACUUUUAUGAAAGAGCAAUGGGAUAUUUGGCGACAAAUGCAAAUGCGGAGAACACGACGAAAGAAAAGUUUGUGCAAAUUUGUUUCUAUUUAGGAUUGGAGAAGAAUCAUAAAACACAAAACGAUAAAAUCUUUUACAAUUUCCUCAAUGACCAUUUAGAAACAUAUCUUGACAAAUUAAGUACUCUAGAUCUGGUAACAGUUGCAAGUGCUACUUUCAAAACAUCAACCCGAGUUGAAAGUGAAACAUUUAAAAAUCGGCUAAAGCAAGAAUUACUGAAGCUUUCAUUAGAAGAUUCCACUAACGACGCGCUACUAGUCACCUUAAUCAAAGCUAUGCGCUUUCAACGAGUACGCUCAAAAGAAAUUUGUGAGCAUCUUAAAAAGUAUUGCGCACCAGACAUUGCGGAUCGACUGCAAAUUCGAGGUUGCAUUCAUUUAUUCGCCUAUUUUGCAGAUAAUCUUUACGAUGAUAAAAGUUCUAUUCAACCUUUAGUAAAGCAAUGUUUGCAUCGAAUUAAUGCCUCUUUAAAAUGCGAUUUACAAAAUGAGAACAUUCGGGGCAAAGACAUAGCUACAUUCUUAUGGUGUUGCGCUCAACUUAACUGUAGUAUAUCAAAAAAUGAUUUGAAAUCGAUUGAUAUGGUUCUAUUUAAUAAAAUUGAACAAAAUGAAUAUCGACACUUUCGGGAUCAGUUAGUUGACAGUUGCCUUUCGCUGUGGAUGUUAGGCUACAAAUCCCACGAUCUUAUUGAAGAAGCUGUGAGCUUGAAGUUAAAUGCUAGAUUAAAUAAUAAGAAAGAUCUACGAGACCUCCCAAAAGUAGAAAGUCGCUUACAAGUGCUUCUCUCAGCAGUUGCUAUAGAAGAGCCAACAUGGCGAUUUAAAAAUCUAAAAGGAACUCCGGAAAUUAAUAUUGAAACACCCGCUCCUCCUUAUUUACUAAAAGACCGAUUUAAUUUUGUUGAUAUAGCAAACAAAAUUGAAGAGCAACCAAGCGUUAUUUCUUCUAAAUUAGUUUGCCCCAUCAAUGGCAUAAAUAUACCGAGCAUAUUAGUGAGUUAUAAGGAGCCGGCUAAUAUGAAAGUGUUUAUAGAACUUCUUCCUGAGGAACAAAUAUUGCAAUUUAGUCAAUCGCCUAUGGGAGUACUGAGCCUGAAGAUCCGUUUAUUAACAUCGUUGGGGUGUAAGGUAGUAACACUAUCUCCGAAAGAGUACAAAGAUGAAAGUAAAAGUUUGGAUAUUUUGGCCUUGAAUAUUGGCGACGGUGAUAUGCCGGAAGUUCGAUCAAUGAAAGUUUAAAAGACCGAUUUGCAAGUGUGUUUAAGUAUGGUGAUAAUAAUAUAAAAAUUGUAUUGACCUUUAUAUUAAAUAAUAUAGCAAAACAGAAUAUCAACUUUGGAAAAUGUAA